AUUCUCGCGAACUUUACACAGACUAGGAGCUUAGAAUCUCACCCAGGGCCCCCGGCCGAACCGGCAAAGGGGGGCCUGCGCGGUCUCCCGGUGAGGAGCCCCACGCUCCGUCACACAGGAAGCCCAAAGUUACAAGAAGCGCGACGCCUACAAGGCCAAGAUGCGCCAGGAAAUCACAGAUCAAGUCACACAACAAGUCACCCAACAGUUCUACAGUCUUGCCGCACAACAUCCUCAAGCCUUCCCUGACCUGGUUCCUCAUGGUUCGCAGUCGACACAGAUCCCAAGCUCUGUCGAGUCGGUUGAAAAUACAACCUACCCGGUAGAUAGUAUAACUGGUCCGACACCGUGCAACCUUGUCGUUCCGAUAGGGAGAGCGGGAAAAACAAAGGAGGUUGCGUCUGGAUUGGCUAUAUCGGGGAGACAGUUCCAUAAUAGCUCAAUUCUGGUGGACUAUGCAAGGGUUCAGGUCGCACGUGUUCAUGGCGACCAGAUGUCGUUGGAGCUUGACAUCCCAACACCAGAGGGGAUUGAACUUCUCGGGGAUGCGGUUAACCAGUUCAUACUCUGGCAUCGUCGUGACAUCAUCCUCACUGGACAGUUCACGUUGAUGACACCAGCUCCAUUGGUGCCAAUUACGGCUGCACCUCCUGCACCACCGUCCCCUCCGAUCUGCACUACCCCACCCGGAUCUCCACUCCCACAGAUAUCACCAGUUAGAGGUCCCUCUCCACCUCCACAACAAGUAGCACCUAACUCCCCAACUACCCUACCUCGGCAGCCGUCUCCUGCUCCUCAGUCCUAUCUUGUCCCACCCCUUGACGAACAUGUGCCACCUCCACAGCCAGAUACAUCAAAGGAGCAGCCAAAAACCUGUGAAGCCCGCAAGCUCAUACCCGUUAUAGUAUCCACGUACACUAAGGAGAAAAUGGCAGAGUAUGAGACACGGAUGGUUUUGCAAUCUUUCAAGGGUCGAGGGGGUCCGCUAAAGCCAGUUGGACCUGAUCAGUAUUCGGACGCACAGAAGAGCGUUGUAGGUCUUGCUGACAAAAUGCAAUCUUGGACCUCCGAUGAAGUGCCUAAGGAGUAUGAAUAUGGCAAGCCGUUUUUGCCGUUCAACUUGAUGUGUGAACUCCCAUGGCCAAUGAGGUUGAUGCAUGAGUGGUACUUGAGGGCAAGUGAGUUAGGUCUCGGGAUGAUUACUGUGCAUGUCCCGGGAGGCGCUUUCAAGGAUGGACCUAAUGCAAACUUCGCCUUCAGUUUCAAGGACCUCCACGCAUUCCUUAAGAUGGAUAAAAUGGAUAUCAAUCUCGUCGGCGCGUGGUGCCUGUCACAAUGGGUAGACGCUCAAAAAACGGGGGCCUCAAUCGGUUACGUAAAUCCAACGAUGGUUUGCGAGACGGCCCACACUGUGCGGAUAUCGGAGGAUAGUGCGGUACUAAAGAAUAAGACACCUCAGGAGGAAAAAGAUUACAUCGAGCGUCUGCAUAAGAGAAAGAUGGCCGAGGUGGGAAAUUACUUGGCCACCUCAUCUCUCGCACACUCCGACAAACAAGUCAUCAUGGUCCCCUACCACUUUGGCGAACACUACAUACUAUUCUUCGUCUAUCCAACAGACCAAACCGUCGUAGUUCUUGAUCCAGCGGACCAUGACAAGGACGCGUACAUGGAGUUCCUAUGCUUGUUGAACUUAGCACACGGCCGUUAUAAGAAACAUGGCGGGUACGUAAAGAAUCCAAGUAGAGAGAAAUUGUACAUAAGGGGACACUGGCCGCAACCUAGCUUGACAAACCUAUGCGGUUAUUACGUGUGCGAGAUGCUCAGGGUCAAUGGGAGAUACAGAACUGAGUUUACAUAUCUCCCGAGUAUCCCUUAUAGUGCAAGUUGGUUCGAUCAGAGAACGCUUAUCAACUUGUGCGCGGACUUGUGCCGGUUCAUUCGUCGCAACAUCUGCAAUCAUCUAGGAGAGUUCCAUGAUCCUCAUAGCGUACUUGCUACGGACCCCAAAUUCAAGAAUCUAAGAGAGUGGGAGAGGCAACAUGCUGUGGACUAAAUGGAUGUAUUUGUCGCGAGGGAUGCUUGUAAUAAACACUAUACUUUCUAUGUAAUAUGAUUUAAUUUGAUGUUUCGGCUAA